CCAUUACCUAAGGUAGGUACUCGACUAAAUACCAGGUAGGUAAAUAACCUUAUUAAGCCAACGCGUUCCAAUCGCGUCUACUAUGUGAUAAUUAUCUUGUGAAUAUGAGGGGGGGGCUGCACAGUUAUUAUUAGGUUACAACGCAUGUACCCAAGUACCACAAGCCCUCAUCUAAACAACUCCAACCUCUUUUCCCUGCCUUUGUUUUUCCUUUUUUUAUAUACCUAAUUUUACUGCGCCUAUUAGUCGCACUACAACUAUACAUCGUGCUGAGCAUGCUUUUCCCUCGUUAUUGACGAUAGCUUCAAUUUGCGAAUCAUCGCAAUCCACAUAGCCAGCUGUCACAGCAGCCAACUGGUCAAAAUGUCGAGCCCAACGCGGGAGGCAUUCCCGCCUAUCGCAGAAGCAUUUAAUGCCUUCGCGACAACCACUCUUUCUAACCAAAUACCUCCCCCGCCGUCGCCUCACACUCACAGAUUACGCAAGUUACAAUCCGCACAUAACCUCGGUGCCGCUGCUCGAAUUUCCUCCCAGAACUCGUUGAUAUCUCAACCGGUUCUCCGCCCUCUUCAAGAGGGCGCACCACCUGCACCUCGCAAUGCCAACCGAUCCCCACAGAGAAAUAGAGCCAAUUCCGACGCGACACCCCCACCACCUCCCACGCCAACCAUAUUUCCAAAUAAUCUUUUAUUAACUCUAAACCACAAGAGGAGCGCUCUAAGUAAAGCUUCAAGAGUAGCUGACACCAUGUCUCUAGACAGACUGAUUAGAGAGGGUCCCCCUGACGGAGAUGUGAAUGCCGCGUUGGAGAGUGCGCGUCUAAAAGUUCUAGAUCAGGGUAUCAGGAGCGACAGCGAUGGGAUGUCGCGAACUAGAAUCUACUUCUGGCUUAUAUUUAUCGAUGCGCCUAUACUAGAUACUAACGAGUACCUGGGACUCAUACAUCGAGGCGCUUCUCCCGCUUACUCCAAAAUCCGAAACGACACAUUUCGAACACUGACUACCGACCCCCUCUUUCGUCGCCGUGUUAGCGAGGCGAGCUUAAUCCGUCUGCUUAACGCUAUUGCCUGGAAACUUCAUGAUGCGAAGGAAGAACGUCGCCCAACAAGUAGCAGAAUGUCCCUCGCCCAUACCGAAAGUGCUAGCAGUUCCCGCAGCGAUAUCUCCCAGACCGUUGCCUCCUCGCCAUCUGCCAGGAAUCGUGCCCGCGCCUUGACGCUCACAACGGAAGGUUCUGAUGUUGCUGCUUCGGAACCAGGAACUUACGUACAGGGUAUGAACGUACUUGCUGCUCCGUUCCUAUACGCAGCUCGCAGCGAAGUCGAAGCUUUCGCUGCUUUCCAUACUCUCCUAACCAAGGAGUGUCCCGGGUAUAUUAGGGGUGCGAUGGAUGGAGUCCAUCGCGGCCUCGCACUCGUUGAUAAAGUAUUGGCGAUUGUGGAUCCUAAGCUGAGUUUCUACUUAACGUCAAAGGGCCUAUCAGCAGAGAUAUACGCUUUCCCUUCCGUACUUACACUCUGCGCAUGCACUCCCCCCUUGCCGGAGGUGCUGAAGCACUGGGAUUUCCUCUUCGCCUACGGGCCACAGCUAAAUAUCGUCUGUAUUGUCGCCCAACUAAUAAUGAUGCGUAAUGAACUCCUGACCUCAUUAAAUCCUAACAAACUUCUUCGGUCAUUCCCGGCUUUGCGGGCAGAAAUGGUGAAGCGGACAGCGCUCGCCAUCAUCAGGAUGAUACCCGACGAUGUCUACGCAGACAUCAUACGACACGCUCUAUGACCAUAACGUAACAUAACUACACCUUUCUCAAAGGUGACACGAUAUGUUUCUCUACGAGUUGCGCUCAUAUGACAUACCCAGGUUUUCUUUUUCUUUUUUUAAAAAAGAGUAUCGGAUCAUACCGUUUUACAUCUUUUUAAUAAUGUCUCCAACAAACUCGACGAUGAUGAUUGUUUCAAAAAGCCAACUGUGGAAUCUCGACCAUCCUAGAAAGAAUUCG